GGCCACACAGUUUGAGGUGUGACUUCAGUUUCCUACAUGUAUUUCCCACCAUCCACUUCUAGGUUCGCUAUUUUGCCUUAAGCCAUUAUGUCACAAUAUAUGUUACUCAGAAUAUUUAGGCUUGUAACGGCCCACAGACCAGAUUGCUGUACUUCCAAAGUGUUUGUAGCAAGCUAGACAUUAUUCUUUGCAGUGUAACAGAUAAUUUUGCUUUGUAGGGCUCUGACAUUGUUGAACUGCUGCUUGAUCUAUCAAGCAUUGCCGGAGCUCAAGAUACAAAUGAAACAUUUCUUUGCAUUCUCAAUACAGUUGCUGAUGUUGCAGGGCUUAUUAGAUGAUGAAGGAAAGCCACAGCAUUUGGCUGGUAUAAUCACUCAUCUUCACUACCACGAACCAGGAAAUUUGGCAUUUGUGUAUCUCUUGAGAAGUGGGGCUCUGAGGGAGCUGUGUACACCAGAGAAAGACGGUACAAUCUCCAAGGCGACACAAAUGAAUUUGGUUCUUGUGCUGAGCUACUUGUUUGCUCCUCUUGUUCUCCACAGGAGGGCACACAAUGUUAAAUACAAUAACUCAAAAGUGGUGCUGCCACCUCUUCCACCAAAAAUUAAGAAGGUAUUGGAAAUGUACAAUGAGGAAGUCAUGUGCAUAUAUGACAUUUACUUCAAGUGUGUGGCUGAAGGUAUUGCUAAUAACCUGGGAGAAGAUGUUACUCUUCCAAUGUCAGGAGUCCGUAUUAUGCCGAGAGAGGCUUUUGUAGCAAGUACUGAAGGUCCCAUGAGUCUUGAGAGGCACUUAGUAGAGGGUUGUGAACCAAAAGUCAUUUGUUCUGCAUUUGCUGCCCUCUCGGGCCAUUCUGACAGGGGGUUGUAUUCUCAUUACAACAUGAUCUCAAACAUACGCCACCAGGUUUUCACAGAUGUGAAGGUGGUACCAAUUGUGGAACUGAACAAAACUUACAAUGGAUAUGCGUGGGAUUUUUACAACCAUGGAAUUGUUGCUGCAAUUAUGAAUGAUAAUGGCCUGAAACAAGUGUUCUUCAGUGUAAAUGUGGCUGAGGCAAAGGUUUCAUUGACAGUGGUGGUCAUAAUGAAGUACAAGGUUUAG